CCUUCAUCCCCUUCUCUCUCUCUCUCUCUCUCUCUCUCUCUCUCUCUCUCUCUCUCUCUCUCUCUGGCCGACUCCAACAUCCCGGUUUGUCCGCUGCCUGCUGAAGGAUCCCUGCCUGCUCCCUCCCUUGGCCAGUUCAUUCAAAUAGAAGAAAGGAAAAAUAAGCCAGAUUUCUGUCUAUUAGAUCGAGGCAGAGAGAGAUUUGAAGCGGAACCAUGAAUCGCCGUUUCGUCAAUCUGCUGGUCAAUAGGUUGUGCGCCCCUCGACCCGCUUACAGGCUGCACUGCAUCGACCCCGCAACCUUGUUUUACCCUACCGGAUCGCCACAGCCAGCAGAUCCAGCUGCCAUAAACGACAGCGCUCCAGCUCCUGGGAGGUUGCCUGCGCCCACCAUAUCCUUCGACUGGCCCUGCAAGCCGCACCAAUCCGGCUGGAUGGAUUUCAUGGCCUUCAAGAACAACAUCAUUGCCGUCGACCACGAGGGCCGCACGCUCCUCUACGACACCGCCUCCAGGGCAGUCCGGGCCAUGCCUCAGACGAAGAAGCCUAAUUCGAGGACAAUAUCCUUCACCGUUGGCGAUGGCCUCUAUGUGAUGGCUAGAGAGAAUGGCUCCCCGCCCCAUUCGCACUAUUUCCAGGCUCUUAUCUACGGCCGCCCGCCUGGCUUCCUCCACCCGGAGGACUGGCACUGGCGCCCUCUACAGCAGCCUGACUUCGAUUUUCCUGACAACGGCGACGUCCCGAGCAACCACAAGCCAGGAGAGGCGGUGAACCCCUAUGGGUUCAGUGCCUUCACGGUGUAUGAUGAUUCGCAGAUCUGGAUGUCCACUGUGGCAGCGGGCAUAUACUCCUACAACACGGUGAGUGGCACCUGGAGCAAGGUACAUGUUUCUGCGCUGCCGUUCAGAGGCCGGGCUGAGUACGUCCCUGAACAUGGCCUCUGGUUUGGCUUUUCACGUGAAGACGAGCAGCUCUGUGCAUCUGACCUCGCUCAGGCACGGCCGGUGCUGCAGAAGGUGUGGGAAGAACCAGCUCCGCCUGAGCGGUGUUCCCUGAUGGCGUCUCACAUCCUGCCGUUGGGCUCCGGCAAGUUGUGUGUGGCGAGGCUGUUCCAGAAAACAGAGCGGGGGACGCUUCACCCUUCAGGCUACACCAAAGCGGAGCACUUCGCAGUACUGUCUGGUGUCGAGGUUUUCAGAGCUGGCAACACAGGUAGCCUCGAGACGAUCAAGCACAAGUCCAAACGUUACAGCUUCGGCAAUGAUGAGGUCAAACUGAUCUGAUCAUAAUCCUACUGUUGUAGGUGAUUUAUCCUCUUUUAGAUGCAAGAACAAAGACUAUCGUAUUUUAUCCUGCAGUUAUUGUUUCGUUGUAAUGUCUGGGCCAUCUGCUUCAGUCACAACUCGUGUGUUGCGGUGUCGAUCUAAAUUAGAAUA